AUGGCUUUCAUCGCUAAGCUCGCCGCUGUCGCUCUUCUCAUUGCCCAGGGCGCGAUCGCCGCUCCUUGGGAUGCGUCCGUCCGCCAGACUACCCACCGUGUGCGCUCGGUUGGCACCAAGGGCGCUCAAUUCCAGUCAUACCACCCCGAGCCUGUCUUUGAGACCUAUGGCGUUGACGGUGUUGUUCACCCGCUCGCUAAGCGAGGUCUCCCGGCUACCAACGAGGAGGCUGCCAAGGCUUUCCUUGAGGAGAAGCUCGGUGUCAAGUCCGAUGCCUUCGUCCGCAAGUCUGGCCACUCUUCCGACGUUGUUUCCAACGAGUACUUCAAGCAGAGGAUCAACAAUAUUCCCGUUGCCAACGCUGUCGCCAACGUUGCGCUCAAGGGAGAGAAGGUCGUUUCUUUCGGUGCUAGCUUUGUCAAGCCCAAGAGCGUUGCGGCUACUACCCCCAGUUUGACCAAGGAGGCCGCUAUUGCAAAGGCUGAGGCCGCCCUCGGAGGCAAGUACAACAACUGGCCUACCGCCCUCGAGUACUUUGCCAAGGACUCGGAUCAUGUCGUCCUCACCCACGUUGUUCAAGUUCAAAACGCUGAGACUCAAGAGUGGUACGAGGCCUUUGUCGAUGCCACUUCUGGUGAAAUCAUCAAUGUUGUGUCUUUCGUCGCCGAUGCUAGCUACCGUGUCGUUCCUUUCGAUAAGCAGAGCCCAACCGAUGGCUUCCAGACCCUCACCAACCCCCACGACACCACCUCAUCCCCCAACGGCUGGCAUCAGUACGGAACUACUACUACCACUACUACUUCAGGUAACAACGUCCUCGCAUACAAGAGCUCGUCUUCCACCGGCACCACUUCGCAGAGCUCUGCCACCAACAACUAUGUCUAUACCUUCAACUCAGCUGGUACCCCUGCUGCUAACAAGGACCCGGCUACCGUCAACGCCUUCUAUGUUGGCAACAUGAUGCAUGAUCUCCUUUACCGCUAUGGCUUCACUGAGACCGCGUACAACUUCCAGCGCAACAACAACGGAAAGGGUGGCGCUCAGAACGACCAUGUUCUCAUCUCUGUUCAGGAUAGCUCGGGAAGCAACAAUGCUAACUUCGCGACCCCCGCCGACGGACAGUCUGGCCAGAUGCGCAUGUUCACCUGGACCCUCACCUCGCCUAACCGCGAUGGUGCGCUCGAGAACGACAUCGUUGUUCACGAGUACACCCACGGCCUCACUAACCGCCUGACUGGUGGUGGAACUGGUCGCUGUUUGCAGACCACCGAGGCCGGCGGAAUGGGCGAGGGUUGGUCUGAUGCUCUUGCCGACUGGACUGAGCAGACCAGCGCGACCGACAGAGACUUCACCCUAGGCAGUUACGUUUACACCAAGAACAUUCGUGAUUACCCUUACUCGACCAGCAAGACCACCAACCCCCUCACCUACGGAACGCUCCGCACUCGCACUGAGGUUCACGAUGCUGGUGAAGUCUGGGCUACUAUCUGGCACGAGAUCUUCGCUGCACUCAUUGCCAAACACGGCUUCUCCGCUGAUAAGAACAAUGCCUCUGGUUCCGCUGGAAACAUCGUUGGUCUCCACCUCCUCGUCGAUGCGCUUCAACUCCAGCCUUGCAACCCCACUUUCAUCGCUGCUCGCAAUGCUAUCAUCCAGGCCGAUGCCAACCGCUACGGUGGUGCCAACAAGUGCCUUCUGUGGACUGCCUUCGCCAAGCGUGGUCUCGGUAACGGCGCAACGACGACCAAGACCGACAGCACCACUCUUCCCAGCGGUUGCUAA